AUGCUGCUGCUAUUCCUGACACUUGUCCUCCUUGGAGCCUCAGCCAAUGGAUCCCAGCAAAGCCAAGACCAAAGUAUCUUACAACGUGAGGAGGAAGGCUCCAAUUUUGUCCUUUCUAAAGAGCAGAAGGAGAUCAAUGGAGUCCGCAUCCAGGUUGGACUAUCAGGUUACCUAACGAGCAUCCAAGUACGGCAUGGGACUGAAUGGAGCUUGAGGUAUGGUAGUCCUAAGGGCUCUCUCAAGGAAGUCGUCCUAAGCACAGAUGAGUUCAUUGUUCAAGUGACUGGCAGCAAUGGCAAUACGAGGUGCCUCCAGCAACUCACCUUCGUGACGAACAAAGGCAAGAAACUUGAGUUUGGCAAAGUUGGUCCAAAUCAGUUCACCGCUUCCUCCACAGACGGUGGGAAGGCACUGACUUCUAUCUUUGCUCGUUAUGAUUCGGCAUGCUUAACAGGCUUUGCAUUUCAUUGGAUAGAUGUGAACAUAAAAAAAGGAGAAAAGAAAACCGCCGUUAAAAAACAGGUGUCCAGUCAAGAGGGAGUUCAACAACAAUUUUCUGUCAAAAAGGGGCGGUAA